UGUGCAGCAGGGUGACAUUACACAAGCCCCAUAACGGUGACUACAGGAGUCCUAUGAGAAUUGACCCCCGCAGGAACUCAAUUCCACCAGCACAGACUCUCACAGCCAAACACCUCCCUAGACCACCCCCAGAAUCAACAUGCUUCACCCCAUAUCCAAAGAGGGUUGCAGCAAAAACCAACAUGGCUUUGACAAUGCUCCACUCCACAAGGAUCUCUCUCAUCCCCAACUCAAAUAACAACAACUAUGACAACUUCCCAGGUCUCUCACCCCAGCCAGCCUCCUCUGCAUCCCCCCAGCCACAGCCACAGCCCCAGAGCCCAGGCCCCCAUCAGGUUGUUGCAGGAUUGAUCAGCCAAGAGGUAGACACCUGCCAGUACAUCAUCCCAACUGAGGAGCCAGCCACUUCUCACCGCGGACGCCACCUCAAGCGUUUCAGCUCCAGGUGGUACUCAGGUGCUCCCUUUGGUGGCCCCUUUGGUAGCACCCGUAGCUCCGCCCAUGGCACAAGUGGUGAGAACAAGCCACGCUGCAAACUCCUAGGUGACGAGAGGCCAAGUUAUGGCACAGCCAACAAGCAGCGUCAGCGCUACGUCACCAAAGACGGGAAGUGUCGGGUCAACCUGGGCCCUAUCGAGGACAAGAGCCGUUUCCUAUUGGACAUCUUCACCACUCUGGUGGACUUGAAGUACCGUUGGUUCCUCUUUGUCUUCACCAUGUGCUACGUUGUCACGUGGGUGGCCUUUGCCGAGAUCUACUUCCUAGAUGCCUGGCUGCGGGAUGACGUGGCCCACGUCCACGACCCUCAAUGGCAGCCAUGCUUCGAGAAUGUGGACAGUUUCAUCUCUGCCCUGCUUCUGUCGGUGGAGAGCCAGAGGACCAUUGGCUAUGGCUCCAGAUUGGUGACGGCCAACUGCAUGGAGGGUGUGGUUCUCCUCAUGGCCCAGUCUAUCAUUGGCUCCAUCAUCGAUGCCCUCAUGGUUGGCUGCAUGUUCGUCAAGAUCUCCCGGCCUCAGAAAAGGGCCCAGACUCUGAUCUUCAGCAAGCACUGUGUCAUAUCGGAGCGCGACGAGAAACUCUGCCUCCUCUUCCGCAUCGGAGACCUGAGGGCGAGUCACAUGGUGGACGCCAAGAUACGAGCCAAGUUGAUAAAGUCUAGACAGACCAAGGAAGGGGAGUUCAUACCACUGGAGCAGUCAGAGAUCAACCUGGGCUACGAUACCGGAGGAGACAGGCUCCUGUUGGUCGAGCCACAGACCAUCACCCAUGUCAUCAACGAGAGCAGCCCCUUCUGGGAAAUAGGGGCUGAGCGUCUGACAAGGGAGAGAUUUGAGAUCAUCAUCAUUCUGGAGGGAAUUGUGGAGGCGUCAGGUAUGAUAUGCCAAGCCAGAACCUCCUACACUGAGGACGAGAUUCUGUGGGGCCACCGAUUUGAAUCCUGCAUGUCUCUGGAAAAGGGGUCUUAUCGGGUGGACCGUGGUGCAUUUGACAAAACCUUCACAGUACAAACCCCCACCCUUAGUGCUAAAGAGAAGAGUGAUGAAAAAGAAGAGGUCCUCUUUUAGAUAUUAGAACUGUACUAUUCACACUGAGCAAACAGCCCUUGUAUUAAAAUAAUUUAAAGGCCAAGACUUCUUGUGAAUGCCCUUAGUUUCCUCCCCUCCCUGAGACAAAUGUUCCUGUUGUCUCUAAUAUUGUGGACAAACAUUCUUCAAAAGAGUAAGACUUAUAUAUUAGCAUGAUAAUCUUCACCCUCAACCAGAAUUUGAACUGUGUUGACAGGGACAGCAUUCACGUGGGUGAUUUACACAGAAGUAAGUGUAGUAAUGAGUAUGCAGC